AUGGCUAACGGUUAUAAUUGGGAAAAUAUGCAAAGUGUAAGCUUGGCUCCGAAAAUCGAGAAAAGAAGUUGUUUAACUACCUUAAAAACCGGCAUAGUACAGAAUGUCCAUGAGUUUUGUAAAAAUUCAACCUUACAUGGUUUAAACUAUUUGACGAAUAAGGAUUUGUAUCCUAUGGAAAGGGCCUUUUUUGCUUUAUCAUUCAUAACUGUUGUCGUUAUGGCUGGUAUAUUCAUUGGAAAGGUGUACAUCAAAUGGAAUACCACACCGGUUAUAUUUAGCAUUAGUCCAAAGCCGACCUAUAUAACCGAUGAACCAUUUCCGGCAUUAACCAUAUGCAACAUGAACCAGGUGUACAAAGAGAAGGCAGAGAAAUAUGAUGAGAACUCUAUGGAACAUGCAUUGAUACAAAUGCUAUGUAAACGUGAUAUUAAUCGUACUAUGGUCGAUACGGUCAACAAUUGGUAUACUUUAAAUCAAUUUAUAUCGGAUGUUUCUCAACCUUGUGAAAAUAUGCUGAUAGCUUGUCGUUUUGGAGGCACUGACUAUGAUUGCAGGCGUCUAUUUCAUGCCAUUGUAACCGAUGAGGGUCUAUGCUGUGUCUUCAAUAUGUUGCAUCCGAAAUUUUUGUAUACGGAGGGGACCAACUCCUUGAUACUGGAAACCUAUACCAAUCAUAGUGACAUCGAUGAGCCGGUGCCCUGGAAUGCUGAAACAGGCUAUCCUGCAAACCUACCCAAAAAUUUUUACCCUCGCACCGCAGCAGGCACUGGUGAAUCUCUGGGCCUAACAAUUAUACUCGAUGUAGAGGGGGAUGAGUACUAUUGCUCCUCCACCAAUAGUAUGGGCUUCAAAAUGGCCAUGCAUAGCCCCAACGAGAGACCCAAUGUGCGCGAGGUUGGUCUCUUGGUAGCAGCCGGUUAUGAAACCAAGGCCCGCGUGCGUUUUGACAAAUUGGAAGCAGAUCAAGAUCUACAUGAUGUCCAUCUCAAGUAUCGUCAAUGUGAGUUUCAGGAUGAACAUGAGCUCAUCUAUUUCGCCUCAUAUACCCAAUCGAACUGUGAGGCUGAAUGUGUGGCUGAGUCUUUGAUGCGUCAUUGUGAUUGUAUUUCCAAUUAUAUGCCAAAAAGAUCGGAGAAUGAAACGGUUUGCAGUUUCGAUGACAGUGAUUGUGUGGAACAUAUUCGUCUACAUUCCAUGCUAAAUGAUGACGAUGAUGAUGAAACGGAGUGUGAUGAGGUCUGCCUUCCUAGUUGCUACGAGUUAAGAUAUUAUGCUGAAUUCUUCUCCACUCCUCUGGAGCAUGGGGCAUUUGUAAGUGCAAAUCCCAAAAUUGGAGAUUAUAGUGAGGAAUAUGUGAAGAAUAAUAUUGCCAUACUGACCAUGUACUACAAGUACAACUCUUUUCAUAGCAACAAGCAAACGGAAUUCAUUGGAAUGACUGAUGUUUUGUCCAGUGUUGGUGGUUUAAUUGGCCUCUUCUUUGGCUUUAGCUUCAUUUCUGCUGCUGAGAUUAUCUUUUACGCUCUGAUACGUCCUUGGCGUAAAGUUCGCAAACAUUCGGAGAAGUCUAAAUCGGCCAAAAGGUCUAAAGAUCAUUAUCGUCCUGUAAAAAUUGCUGCUUUGAUUCAUUCCUCACGUAGUUUGAAGUUUCGUAGGAAAGCUUCUUUACCAUUUCGAGUUGUUCCAAAAAUCGCAAAUAUAUCGGAGAGUGUAGAUAUCGUUUUAAGGGGAAAAUCUUUGGAUGGCAAAGAACCACCAAAAAAGAAUAAAAGUUAUAGUUGGCCUCAUGAUUGGCGUAAGGAUUAUAUGGCUUAA